UAUUUUAAUUUUACUUUAUUUACACUAUAUCGACCAUGGCGUGGGGUCUACCGAAACUUCCCGGAUUGACGUUUUCGGAUCCGACGAAGACCAAACAUCACAUGCGCAGCUCUCUACGGUUCUAUCAGGGAUACAGGUUUCCUGACACGAUCAUAGUAGGGCCUGGGGGCAGUGCCACGGAUGUCGACAGUAACGCGUUUGCCUUGCCAGAAGACUCCGUUAACUACGAUCCAUCACUGACGUACGGCCGCGUGAAGCAGCCCGCUCUGCCGGCCGUCAUCCCGCACUGGGCGCACUACGACAAGCGCUGCCUCAACUUCACUGCCUUCUUUAAGCAGCCCGUCUUUGAAAGCACCGAUGAGAACUACAGAGUUCGAAUUGUCAACAUCAUCUAUUUCCUAGAGGACGACACACUGACUGUCAUUGAACCAAAAACGAGGAAUUCCGGUUUGUGGCAGGGCAAGCUGGUAAAGCGUGGUAAAAUACCGAAAAACGACAUCGGUGAAUUUUGGCACUGGAAGGAUUUAGACAAUGGCAAAGAUAUUUGUAUCUUUGGUAAAGUUUAUCAUACGGUGUCGUGUGAUCUUUUUACAAAGGAGUGGCUAGAGUCGCAAGGUAUAGAAAUUUCGAAAGCAGAAGACGUACCAGUGGACCCUUAUGUAGAAAAAGAACAUUGGAAGAAAAUACAACCACCAAGAAGACAGAAAGUGCGCGAAGAUCCACUUCGACGGUUCCUGGAAUACGAUGGAAAAGUUCUGGCAUUCAAUGUGGUGUGGGAUAAUCGGGAGGCCGAGAAUGGCGAACUUGGAGAAUAUAAACUUUUUUACUUCCUUCAAGAUGACACCAUCUCUGUUAAGGAACUUCAUGAUGCUAGAGGAGGAAAAGAUCCCUUUCCCAUGUUAUUGAAGAAAAUUAAAAUACCCAAGAAGUGGAAGGAAAAGCCUGUGACAUUCCCGUCAAUUGUGAUGGAGAUGACAGAGGAGGAGGUGACGGAGUACUACGCGCCGCGUGAUUUCAUUGUGGGCGAAACGGUCUUCCUGCUCGGCCGUCGCUUCUUGAUCUUUGACUGUGAUGAAUUCACAAGAAAAUAUUACAAAAUAAUGUUGAACAUCGAUCAACCUCCAAAGGUAGAAAUACCUCAAAAGAAGAUGAAAGAGUUUCCGAAGGUGUUCCCACCCCACAUUGGCAUCGGUACUCCAGAGGAUUCGCUGGGCUCCUGCUUCGGCCUGAUGCCCAAGCCUCCACAUAAGGAUGUCAUCAAAUACAACCUCAAUGCUAAUAAGUAUCUUCGGUAUCUGUGCGAAUUGGACUGGAUUCAUCCCGAGGACAAGGGCAGGAAAUUCGUACUAUCCUACAGCCUUGCGGAUGGCACCAUCAAGAUAGACGAGAUCCCGCAGCGCAACUCCGGGAUAAGGGAGGGAAGAUUUCUCAAGUCAAUGCUCCUUCAGACACCUGAUUCCGACCCGAAUUUCCCAACUUAUUUUACGCCAGAUAAGUUUUACGUAGGUUGUAUUGUGCCCGUGUUCAAACACCGUUUCAAGAUAACCGGGUGCGACCUGUUCGUGUACCGCUACAUGAGCGCCAACCCGGAGAAGUUCCCGCAGGAAGUGAUCGACAACGUGCGCAACUAUCACAUGAGAGAAGGCAAUCUUAAAGACGAACUUGACGAAGCAGUGCGGGACCUGCAGGCGCGGGAGACGCGCGCGCAGUUGGCUAAGAUCGGACAGGCGGCAGUUGCGGAACCUGACGCGAUGGAGCGCUGCCUCGGUCAGCUCGGCGUGGUGGAAGGCAGCGCCGCGCCCCCGCGUCCACCCACACCGCCCAUGACUACAGACCAUAUAUCCUAUGAUGAUGCCCUACGCAUCACGAGACAGAGCAAACCGACUUGCGAAAGCAUAAUGCCAUUAAAAGGUAUUCUAAAAUCUGGUGAGGCGCGCGAUGAUCAUCAGAAGGUGGUGUGCUUCAGUGCGCCAGCGACCGAAGAGCAUCGUGACGCACGACCUGAACAGACGUAUCCCACGGGUCAUCCGCAGUUUGACGAAGAUCCAGACUUUUGCAAAAAACAACAAGAACCUGACGCGGCAGAAAGAGCCGCACGUCGAGCGCGGGAUGAAUGUCCCUACGAAAUGAUUCCAAGCGCUCAGAUGUUAGCCAGUACCAGAGAGGAUGCCACUAAAACUGCUCCUCCGGGGUAUCUUGGAAAGUUUGGUGUACAAUGUAAAGAGGUGCCGGACUACAUGCGUUUACCUCAUGACGCAUACGAAAAAGUAAAGAAGCUUCGUCAAGACGUGCCCAAGAUAUCUCCGCAGGCUGAAAGGCUGGCGGCGUACCCUCGGGAGGAGUUCCCGCCAGUUGGCACGUGUAAGGAGGUGAUAGCCGAGGAGGGGCCGUGCAGUAAACAGACGAAGGAGGACGUAGCGUUCAGCUGUCCCCGGGUGGAACCGGAACUACCGUGUUGUGAUCCCGACAAAAGAGAUGCAAAUGAUAAUCACUGA